AUGGGCUCAAGCAUACGUCGGUCCGAGGGCUAUCCCCACGCAACAACAGCAAAGCUCGAAAUCGUCAUUAUAGGAGCCUCCCUGGGCGGUCUUGCGACAGCUCUUGCUCUCAAACGCCUUCCAUCACCGCAUGCCCACUCGAUCACGUUGCUGGAGCGCAGUCCCAAGCCCGUCCUAGAUAACCAGGGAGCUGGCAUCGUCGCAGGGGGAGACACGCUUGCGUUCUUUCAAAAGUAUGAUAGGGGUGAGAGCGAGCUCGCUGUCUCCAGCCUGCGCAGGCAGUACCUGGACAAAGAUGGGAAAAUCGUGCACAAGGAGGAUGUGAAGCAGAAUAUGACGAGCUGGGAUCUCGCGUACUAUAUCCUCCGCGCAAAUCUCGACGGUCUGCGGAGCGAGUAUUGCGAAGUGCCGGAGACGGACGACGGCGAUUUGCCAGUCACGUACCUACACGACCACAGAGUCACAGGCUUGUGGGAGCAACGCGAGAAAGGCGGUAAGCUGGUCGUCGAAUUUGAAACCAGCAGUAACAAGAGAGGCUCCAUUGAAGCAGACCUCGUCAUCGGCGCCGACGGCCCCAGCUCUACAAUCCGCUCCAUCUUCUGCCCCGACGUCGAGCGCAAGUACGCCGGCUACGUCGCGCUGCGUGGCACCGUCCGCGAGGACCGCGUAAGUCCAGAGACCCUCGACGCCUUCCGCGAGCGCUUCACCUUCUUCCACAGCCCCGGCAUCCAGAUCCUCGCGUACCUGAUCCCGGGCGAGAACGGCACGCUCGAGCCCGGAAAACGCUGCAUCAACUUCGUGUACUACAAGAACACGCGGCCGCGCGGGCUCACCGACAAAUCCGCAGAGUUCCGUGAACUCAUGACCGACGUCGACGGCAAAUACCACCGCGUCACGCUGCCGCCGGGCAAAAUCAACCCCCCGGCGUGGCAGAAACAGUGCGAAAUCGCCCGCGCCCUGCUGCCCCCGCAGUUCGCCGAGCUGGUGUGCGCGACCGAGAUGCCCUUCAUCCAGGCCGUGACCGACGUGCUCUCGCCGACCAACGAGUUCCUCGACGGCCGCGUGAUCCUGAUCGGAGAUGCGCUGGCGGGGUUCCGGCCGCACACCGUGGCCAGCACGAGCCAGGCGUGCUUCGACGCGAUGAUCUUGGCCGAUAUGAUCGAGGGUAAGGUGGGCAGGCUGGAGUGGAAGAAGGAGACGUUGGGGUAUGCGCGCACGAUUCAGGCGCGCGGGGUGAGUAUGGGCGAGCGCAGCCAGCGCGAGGAUCUGCCGCUGAGCGAGCACAUCCAGGACCGCAAUAUGGCGAGCAGGCCGCGACAGGAUGAAACCUGGCCGCAUUGGGCGAUUAUGGAUUUGGACUGA